AAGAGCAUGGACAUGGCUGUGACGAAGAUUGUAACUGUAGCGUUGCUCGGUUUAGUUCACUUGGCGUCGGCGGCUACUCAAACACCUAGCAUAAAGAGGUGUUCAGGGAGCACGGCAAGCGACAUCAUUGCCUUCGAUGACGUCACUCUGUCUAGCGUAAAGGUUGGGGGCACGAUGAAGCUCGACUACAGCAUCGAGCUGAAACAGAAGGUUGACGGAAGCCCGCAGCUGAAAUUUACCAUGACAUCUGGAUCAUCGACACUGCCUUGUAUCGGGGAGGUCGGGUCAUGGGAAACAGCAUCCACAUCAAAAUUGAAGGAAAGAACAACGGGAAAACACUAGGGUGUGUGGAGUUCGACGUCCACAUCGAGAAAUAAGGAAACGACUUAUAAAUUAUAUGAGACUAAAAUGCCAACGUUGU